AUGGCCUCUGCCACACCCACCCGUGCCGGACGUCUCGAGGGUAAAGUUGCUAUUGUCACGGGAGCUGGAUCCGGCUUCGGUCAGGGCAUCGCAAAAAAGUUCGUCGAGGAGGGUGCAAAGGUCAUCGUCGCCGAUAUCUCAGAAUAUAAUGGCCAGGCAGUCGCAGCAGAGUUGGGCAGCAAGUUCAUCUACGCGGAUGUGACUCGACGCGAGAGUUGGGAGGCACUGCUCCAAGAAACACUUGACGCGUAUGGCAAACUCGAUAUCGUGGUCAAUAACGCUGGGGCAACAUACCGUAACAAGCCUACUGCCGAGGUCACUGACGCCGAUUUCGACCUGUGCAUGAACGUCAAUGUUCGGUCGAUAUACCUAUCCACCAAUGUCCUUGUGCCGUACUUCUUGGAGAGCGACCUUCCUGGAUGUUUCAUCCAGAUUUCCUCAACUGCUGCGCUUCGUCCUCGGCCGAACCUGACUUGGUAUAAUGCGUCCAAGGCUGCAGUUUGCAUUGCUACCAAGACCAUGGCCGUUGAAUAUGGGCCGAAGAAAAUUAGGUUCAACUGUGUUUGUCCAGUUGUGGGAAGCACUGGCAUGACGCAUCUCUUUCUCGGGAAGCCGGACACCGAGGAGAAUAGGGCUGCGUUUGUGUCGACUAUACCCUUAGGUCGCCCUUCCACGCCGACAGAUGUGGCCAAUACCUGUAGCUUCCUCGCUAGCGACGAGGCGGAGUUUAUCACGGGAGUCGAGCUAGAGUUAUUCGCAGUUAAUGUGACGUACGAGGUACGCCUUCACUCUUAUGAUCAAAAUAAAUGCUCUGGGGGUUUCUGCUGGCAUACUCCGUGGUACAAAGCUCCGGGACGUGGCCGCAACUGGACAUUGUGCGUGGAGAUUAUCAGUGAAACUGGACCUAACGGCUUCGGAUUUUCAACCCUCAUCUUCUCCGCACAGCAAUCUUCAUACCCACUCAACGACAACCUAUCCCACCGUCGCAUCGCCCGGGAACUCAAACAACCAGGUAUAUCUACUCGAAGUAUACUCACAAACCCAAUGGCAAUGUUCGACCUCCCCGACGCAAAACGCGUCCGCCGAGACGACCUCCUAAACCGCACCUCCUCAUCACCCUCCCCAUCACCACCCCCGGAAUCCAUCAUCCCCGACGCCCAGAAACGCCUCAGCGCCCUCCUAAACUUCGACCUGAGCGUCCCCUCAGCCCCGGAACCCGAGACCUCAGAACAAAAAAACAACGAAGACGAGGAGCAAGAAUUCGAGUUCCGACUUUUCUCGUCCGCGCCGAAAUCCGCACCGAAGCCAUCUGGCGCUGAUGGCGGGGAUGGAAAGGGAGCAGAAGCAGGUGGUUCAACGACGGGACCCAGUGCACAUGCACAGAAGCUACGGAUCCGAUUACGGUCUCCGACGCCCACGGCUGCAGGGUCUGGAGAGGGACGCUUCGUGAAGGCGUUCCGUGGGUGGAGCUACUAUUUUUCUACGCCGGGGCUGUUGUCUGGGAAGGGGGCUGAGGGUGAGGGUGAGGAGGAUGCGGGUGUAGCGCAGAAGCGCAGACAAUUUGAGGAUGUCGCUGUGAGUGGGGAGGAUAUGGUUAAGAUGGCCGGGGUGCCUUGGCCUGGCUGCCAUCUCCCUUGGCGGGUAAUCCAUCUGAAACGCGAGCAUACGAAGCUCCCGAAGGAGGAGAAGGGUGCCGCUAAGGCGACGGAUGCAGUCACGUAUGUUGCGGGUGAAUCGGAGAGAGAGCCGUUGUCUCGCAAGAAGCCGGGCAAGAAGCGACGGAUUCAAUUGCGGAAGAAAGCUGCUGUCGCGGAGAGGGCAAAAGAGACUGAGGCUGAGAAGCGGAACCGUAAGAACAGGGAGAAGAAGAUCAAGCGGAGGCAGAAGGCGAGAGAAGCCAAGGCUGCGGCUGGGGCUUCUGGAGGUGGUGAUGGUGAUGGUACUGCGGGGGCCGGCGGAGAUGUCUCGGGGAGCGAGAGUGAUUAG